AGUUUUACAAAGUUUCGAUUAGUGUUGUCAAUGUUGUCAUUAGUAUUGUGAUCAAUUAAUAACGACAUUCCGCACUUUCAAGAGAACCAUGCAUUGUAAUGAUAUUUUGACAGAAAAAUAAUUACGAAUUCCGAUUGCGAUCCGACUGAAUUAAUUUGGGAGCCGGAACCAUGUCGAGCUAUGCGAAAUUGUGCUCGCCGCUUCCCAAAAGUCUGACUAGUCAUAUCAAGAUCUGCGAGAACACUCAGCAGUAUGUCAUCGAUUUUUUGCAAAACGUGUUGCCACCGUCCGACCGUAAAUCGAUUUCGGAAGAGCUGCGAAAAACCUUCAUAUUUAAUAAAAUCAAACCAAAGCGCAAGCAGAAGAUUGAGAGCGCCAAGUUUCACUCGGCCAGGAAGAGGCUGCGCCUUGGUCUGGGCAAGGUCGGCAGCGGGAAUCAAAUGAAAUAUUCCGAUCUUUUGCCCUUGAAUCAAUUGUGGCUGCAGUACAUGCGAGAAGCGCUCGGUGUCGAGUCGUUUGCCAGCAUCCCGAUGAGUCCUAGCAGUCCAAAUUGGGAGAGUGUAAACCUGCAAUUGAUAAAAGCCGAUUUCCACGGCGCCAGGAUCUCGAUCGACAAGUCAAGAUGCCCCAGUCUCGUAGGAGUCGCGGGAAUCGUUAUACAGGACACAAAGAACACCUUUAGGAUUUGCGGGAUAGACAAUGUUGUUCGAACAAUACCAAAGAAUGUGGUCAAGAUUAAUAUUCAUCUGGACGACGGUGUGACAUUGAAAGCAUUUGGAAGGGAACUAUCUACAAGGCCUGCAGAACGAGCGGUUAAAAAAUAUAAGAAUAGUUCAAUUGUCAUGUUGUGAUAGAUAUUUUAUAUAAUUAUAUUGAUAGAGAAUUGAUGCCGUCCUCCAAGGAGAUUCACAAAUUAGCGUUAAAUCUUGAGGAAAUGAUGUCGCGAAGGAAAGAAAUGUGAUAGAAUAAAUUGGUGUACAGGUAA